AUGAUUGGGCAAACCAUUGCUCCAGCGGAUGCAUUGGUUGGCGAUGGGGACAAUCGCUUCGUCGAAGAUAGCGAAUCGAGCUCUUUCAUCGAGGCAGAACCUUUCGACAACACAGCAAUGUCUUUUGCAGCAUCACCACACGACAACGCGCCGAUGAUGCUUCCACAUUCACCACAGGAAGUACAGGUCAAACAGGAGCUCGAGGUAUCUGAAGCUGAAGAGACGUUCACACGGUCGAUUCAUGUUUCACCCAAGGGUGGCAAGACCGUCAAGAAGGAGCGCCAGCGUCUGAAUGGUGUCUCCAAGAGAAGAAGGUCCAAGUCCGAGUCCCAACUAGUCUUCAGGCGUUCGCAUGAUGGUCGCAUCGACGCCGAGGGUUACAAACUCAACCCCGUUACUAUCAACCGGUUCUCUUCAUUAGCUUCUUCCUUCCUCUGUUUUCAUAUUCUGCCUCUCUUCGCAAGUAUCUAA